GUAGAUUCCAUCGGGCAAAACGUACAGAGACCGGCCCACUCGCCGAGCUGCUUUCCGUCGGGGAUCUGGAUCAAGGGGAUGUUGUGCUCAUUGCAGAGAGCGACAACAAGCUUCUUGUAGGCCUCCUCCUCGCAGUUCUCGUUCAAGACACACAUGUGUGCCUGUCGGCGAUCGAGGGCCUUGGAAGCCUCACGGAGACCACGAGCGAGACCGUCGUGCAUGAGAGAGAGCUUCAGGACACCCUUGAGAGCGUCGAGAAUGGACAUCUGGCCCUUGGGGGCAUCGCCGGAAACCUCAACAACAUCGGCGACCUCGGGGGUGUUGUCUUCUACGUCCGACUGUCACGAGAAAAUGUUAGCCGACAUUUUCGAUUUUUGGUGCUUCCCCCACCAUCGCGAAUUGACAUCCGUUUGAGGUUGCAGUUGCAAGCCUCAACAGCGCAAUUGACGACAAGAGGCGGCAAGACAUCAAAAACUCACCAUCUUGGAUAAUCUUUUCUUGUCGGGCGAUCCUCGAAGAUUUCUAUGUGUAUCAAGGAAAAGUUGGAAGGGGGGUAGAGUCGUGAUCUGGGAAAUGUCUUCGUUUAGUUCCACGUUGAUUUGCCGAAAUCUAAACGACCGAGUGCGCAGACCCUUAGGGCAAGUGCACGGACCCACUCAUUCACGCACUACACCUCUUUUUUUCUUUCUUUCUCAUCCGCGUUCCUUUACUUUGCAGUCUUCAUCAAUCGACCAAGUCAAUCUUCGAGGUAUGUAUACUACAAAACUGGCUCGCAGCGAUUCGAAUCCAGAAGGAUGAUGCUAUUCACCGUGGCAAGGGAGAGCAAUCGAGGGCGUCGUUUUACGUGAGCCGAUCUUUCAACAAUGGCCGGGUUUUAUUCACGGCUGGCGACAGUUCCUCGAUACGCUUCUCCUCUUCAGCACUGGGCGGCAGAACCCUCGCGAUCGAUCGUUGAGGGCACUCUCCUCGCUCAUGAGCCUUGGAAAGGCUAACAACUAUAUUUCAUGGCAGAUACCUCAUUUCCCGUCCCGACUUGAGAAUCUCCUCAAAACGCCGCCAAAAUGGUCCGCACUUCCGUCCUCCACGAUGCGCUCAACGCCAUCAACAACGCCGAGAAGGCUGGCAAGCGCCAGGUCCUGAUCCGACCUUCUUCCAAGGUCAUUAUCAAGUUCCUCCAGGUCAUGCAGCGCCACGGAUACAUUGGAGAGUUCGAGGAGGUCGAUGACCACCGAUCCGGCAAGAUCGUUGUCCAGCUCAACGGCCGCCUCAACAAGACCGGUGUCAUCUCCCCCCGCUACAACGUCCGCCUCUCCGAGCUCGAGAAGUGGGUUGUCAAGCUGCUCCCUGCCCGUCAGUUCGGCUAUGUCAUCCUCACCACCUCUGCCGGCAUCAUGGACCACGAGGAGGCCCGACGCAAGCACGUUUCUGGCAAGAUCAUUGGCUUCUUCUACUAAAUGGGACGGGAUACCAAUCAAAAAGUGAUUUUUACAAACAAAACAGGGCAUUCUCGGCGUUGAGGCAGGAUGAUGAUGACUAUGACCGAUGCGAUUAAUAGCAAUGUCGCUUAUCGCACACGCGAGCACAAGAAUUGAACCUAUACGAGAUGCUCAGACUCAAGACUCCCUAUGAAGUGAAAGUAAAGACAAACGUUCAUGCUCCUUCCCGACGUGGCACCCAUCUCGGAUGGUACAAUCCGCACAUCAGAUUGCUCUGGCUGUGGCUUCAGUAAUCGAACCUAUUGCAUAUGAAUUCUACAAGUGACAAGAGACGUGCCUUUGUAACGCCGUUUGAUAAUUCGAUAUUGAUUUUCACUGGGAAACUGUUGUCUAAAUUUUACUUGGCAAUGGUGAUGCAAUAAGUCGUUGUGCCAGCAACGUCCCUGCUGAGCUAUUGUUUUCUUUUUGGACGGUUAGCCAAUGAA